GACAUUUACGCCUGCGCCGCCGGAGCCCGACUACCGAGAGCAAGAGGACAGCGUCCUGAGGGGGUGGGGUGACGAUCGGGAUUCCGGAAGCCCACCCUUCACCCGGAAAUGAUUGUGGAGGAACAUGGCGUUGCUGGUGCGAGUCCUUAGGAACCAGACUAGCAUCUCCCAGUGGGUUCCAAUAUGCAGCCAACUGGUAUCAGUAUCUUUUGCCCAAAGACAGUGGGGCAGGACUCCUGUCAGCACAUCCCAGUUGCCCCAGAUGAGUCAGUCUCAAAUCUGUGUGGGAUCAGAACACAUUGUUGGACCUGAUGCACCACAGAGUAGGAAGUACCACACCACAAGUAAGCUCCCUACUACCCAGGAUUUCCCGCAGCCUGUUGAGGAGAAGGUUGGUCCCUUCACGAAGAUCAUAGAAGCCAUGGGAUUCACUGGGCCAUUGAAAUACAGUAAAUGGAAGAUUAAGAUCGCAGCCCUACGCAUGUACACAAGCUGUGUGGAGAAAACUGACUUUGAGGAAUUCUUUCUGAGGUGCCAGAUGCCUGACACAUUCAACUCCUGGUUUCUUAUAACCUUGCUUCAUGUCUGGAUGUGUCUGGUCCGAAUGAAGCAGGAAGGCCGCACUGGAAAGUACAUGUGCCGGGUCAUAGUUCAUUUCAUGUGGGAAGAUGUGGAGCAGCGAGGCCGAGUCAUGGGGGUUAAUUCCUAUAUCCUGAAGAAGAACUUGGCCCUCAUGACAAACAAUUUCUAUGCGGCAAUCUUGGGCUAUGAUGAGGGGAUCCUAUCGGAUGACCAUGGGCUGGCUGCUGCCCUCUGGAGAACCUUCUUCAACCAGAAAUGUGAAGACCCUCGACAGCUUGAGUUGCUGGUGGAGUACGUGAGGAAGCAGAUGCAGUACUUGGAUUCCAUGAACGGCGAGGAUCUGCUUCUGACAGGGGAAGUGAGAUGGCGCCCCCUGGUGGAGAAGAAUCCGCAAAGCAUCUUGAAGCCCCAUGCUCCUACUUACAAUGAUGAGGGUCUUUGAGAGACUAGUCCCGCUGGACUAGUUGGCUGGCUGGCUCUGAGGAACCUCCAUGGAAGAAGUGCCUGUUUGUCCCAGGACCCUGAAGAAAGUGGCCUGAACUGACUUUUGAACAGCACCUGUUGAAUACUCGGCCCAUUUGUGUUGAGUUUCUUCUUCCUGACUCCAGGAGAGAUCUGGUAGGGAUACUGCUGGGAGGUCCUCUCACUCUUCUGACGCGUUCCCUCAGGAGAAGCCCCAAGCACACUCCCCAAGACCCUCCAGCAACACUCAUGACUGAAAGCUUUUUCCAAGGCUGAGGAAGGAAUGGGCAGGUUAGAAAAGGGACGCCUUCACCCAGGGCUCCCUGUGCCUGGAGCAGUUUAUGAUGCUACUGAGUCAAGAUGGGUGGCCAUAUACUGUGAGCCGCAGCUCUGAGCUGUGGGGUUGAAGUAGCCAUUAAAGAAAGAGACUUAUUUCUGCCACGGUUGUUCUUUGUUUCAGGAUCCAGG